AUUGGUCUUGUUCAAUCCCUUAGCGCACACAUUUUGUUGGUAAAAAAAAAAAAAGCAUUAUACUCAGUGUAUAUGUAAACAACUUACUGCAUCCCGUUUUACCUCGGCCGCCGGGAUUUUAGGGGGUCACGUGACACGCGGGAUGUGACGCCUUGGUUGAAAAACAUUUGUAAAAGCUAAGGGAUAUUGGUAGAUAUGGUUUCAAGCUCUGGUCUACAUUAGCGCGAUUCAACUCUAAUUUACUUCUGUAACGUUUGCACAUCAUAUACAAUUUGACCAUAACUUGAGGAAACGACCGUGUGCAUCAGUUGUGGUCGGUCUUGGCUAGGUAACGUUAGCAGGCAAGCCGAGACACCGCCAGGCUUCACAACAUUUCAUUACUAAACUAUUUUUACCUGGAUACUAAAGAGAUCUUGAGAGAAUGGACAACGUCAACCAAUCUGUCACCACUGGAGUUUCCUCUACGACUGCAUCCAUCGCAAGUAACUGCAUCACAAACAGUAAUCCAACUGCACAUGCAGCCAGCAUCCCGUCGCUGGCUAGUAAUGCCUCAACAUCGGCUACCAUGGUGACCCCAUCAUCCGACACGUCCGUAUCCAACGGUGUCUAUGUUCCUGGAGGCAUUUCCAAUGGUGAUAUGAAGCCAUCCCUUUCCACCACACCCCUGGCAGACUUCCUGAUGCAACUGGAAGACUACACUCCCACGAUUCCCGAUGCGGUCACAGGUUACUACCUCAACCGGGCUGGCUUUGAGGCAUCUGAUCCAAGAAUAAUUCGUCUCAUUUCCCUAGCAUCUCAGAAGUUCAUAUCCGACAUCGCCAACGAUGCCCUUCAAUACUGUAAAAUGAAGGGCACUGCUUCCGGAAGUUCAAGAAAUAAGACUAAGGAUAAGAAGUACACUUUGACCAUGGAGGACCUAAGUCCAGCCCUCACUGAAUACGGAGUUAACGUCAAGAAACCUUAUUACUUCACAUAAGAUGCCCCUAGUUUUCUGCUUUUGCUAGUUUAUUUACUCUCUGACCCGCUAUUGCUUGUAAAGGCCUUUUGCAAAUUACAAUUUGUUAAUCAGGGUGCUUUAUUAGACUAUGUAAUGCAUUUGCAGACACUUUUACUCUUUGUUUCCAUAUGUUUUGUUUAGCAUACUUGCAUACAAUGAGAGAAGUUGUAAAAUUACCAUGUUUUAUCGAAAAUAAUAAAAGCCCUCCCAUAAACCAAA